CACCCAUAAAACAAAUUUAUCUUUAAAUUAUAAUUGAAUGAUUAAUUUUUAAAAUCAUUAAAACAUUUUUAGAUAUUUUAUUCCUUUUGGUAUAUGGGCAGGAUGAUCUUUCGUUCAGCGAUUCUUCUCAGCUUGUAUUGUUAAAUUUUUAAAUUUGGCACCACACAAAUUGAAUGCCUGGUUAUCAGCCCCCUUGGUGGAGCGAUUUUUAAUUCGUCAGUUGUUGAAUCCCAGUAUUUAUAUUUUUAAUUAUUUUCGAAGGUUACAACAUUGUUGUUGGUAAAUUGGUCUUUUUCUCUAUUCUGCUUGAAUUAUGGCAACAGAAUCUGAAUUUGACAAGUUAGAGUGGAUUCAACCCGGCGAAUCGAUCUUGGCCAACGAGGAAACGACGUUUGAAAAGUUUCAGAGGAAAUUUAAGGAGAACCCAUUCGUCCCUAUCGGUGCUCUUGCGACGGCAGCUUGCCUCUUUUAUGGAGUCAGAAAUUUCUACAAGGGCAACACAAAGAAUUCACAGUUGAUGAUGCGGGCGAGAGUUGUAGCCCAGGGCUUAACAGUUGCAGCGCUAGUAGGUGGAAUAUUAUUAGCUCCAAAAAGGAAGUAAACAAAACAAUGUAUAUAUGUAGUAAUUUGUUUGAACAAAGUGUAUUUUGUAAAUAAGUAAUAAAUUUAUUUGUUAUUAAUUAAUUGUGUUUAUAUUUAUAUAUAAAGUUAAGGUUUUAAGUUUGUAUGCUCAUUAUUCACUUUUUUCAUUGGAUUGUGUUUGUUUAUAUAACCAAAAACAAAAGUCUGAACUAAAAAAAAAUAUUUAUUUACACUAUUAGUAUAAUUAACUUAAGUAAGAGUAUAGAGCUAUACUUAUCAAAUAUUUCUUAUUUACUGAUUAUCACUUUUUUUUGUUUCAAUAUUUUGUUAACUUUUUUAAGGCACAUUAUCUGUCAAAUUAACAUGGAAUGGCAAUUUUAACAAUACAUGGUCACUGACUUACA